UCAAAACGAGGUCAUGUUGGAUAAUGGCCGAAUAUUAAAAAAUUCGAGUAAAUGUAAACUAAAAAACUAUUGUGGGUUGAUUUAUUUUGGAUUUAGGUCUUACAAUGCUUCUACAGGAACCAGUUCAGGCUGCUAUCUGGGAUGCACUAAAUAAUUAUUGUUAUGCUGAUGCAAUAUUUUUAGCAGAGAGGCUGUUUGCAGAAAUAUCCAACAAUGAUUCUUUACACCUGCUUGCAACCUGUUACUAUAGAUCUGGAAAACCAUACCAAGCAUAUAUGCUAUUAGAGAAAAAUCUUUGUCAAACAGCCCAGUGUAAAUAUCUAAUGGCAAAAUGCUGCUCAGAUAUGAACAAGUUUGCCGAAGCAGAGAGAAUUCUAGCUGGGACUAUAUUAACAAAAGUGAAAUCACAUGAAGACAUAGAAACUGAGUUUGGUAGCCUUGCGUGUUAUGUGUUUGCUUUGUUAGGGUUUGUUUACAGUAAAACUGAGCGAGUUUUAAAAGCAUCUCAGUGUUAUCGUAGGUCACUUGCACUAAAUCCCUUGCUGUGGAAGUCAUAUGAAAUGUUGUGUGCAAUGGGUGAAAAUAUUAAACCAGAGACAGUAUUUCAAAUACCACCCCAUUCUUCUUCAAAUACCACAAACAUAACAACAACAUCCCCACAAGACACUGUUACCAUGAGUGAAAAUAUUUCAGACACAAUAUCCACUACAAUUGUUUCAAGUGAAAAUUUACUGUCUCCACGCAAUAUUUUCCCCAACCAAACCCCUGAAAAUUUCCAGAACCAGUUAGGUCCCCAUGACAUAAGUAAAGCACCCCGACCCAACAAACAAAAACCUGUAGUAACGCCUGAUCCAUCAUUUGUCAGGAAAAGAACCGGCCCCACUAAAUUAUUUUCUAGUUCUGUACAUAUAUCUCCUAGUUUUGGUUUAUUGCCUGUAGAAAACCCAUUGCCUGUUUCUGCUAGUUCAACUCCAUCAUUUAUCUCCCCUGUCCCUACUGAUUCACAAGCAUUAGAAGUGCAAGCACCCAUCAAAACAAGACCAAUGACAAGACGAGCACAAAUACGAAAGUCUCCAGUCCUUAACUGGUCUAACACAUUAAAAAAGAUGAAAGAACAAGAACCAGUGAAUGCACCUAUACGAAGAAGUUCACGGUUGUUUACAAAUUCAAAUUCCAACUCUAGCGCUGUCAAGGAAAAUAAUAAAAGUCAAACACCUGGUACAUACAUGGGAACAAAGGGAGUUAACAGACGUUCUAAGAAAACCACGAAGACACCCCAGGAGUUGAAUGAAAUCAAUAAAGGUGACCUUGAAGUAGACACCAAGCCCACGUUAGGAAAUAAUGAAACCAUUGAACAGAUAGUUCAGAUGCAGCAGCAAUCUCUAGCUGGAAUUCUCCACCUGUUGAAAAAUAUUGGAAGAGCGUACUCUGCCUUGGCACGGUACCAGUGUAAGAGCGCUGUUGAUCUCUUCUCAGAGUUGCCAGAGCAUCAGUACAACACAGGCUGGGUUUUGUGCCAAGUGGGAAGGGCAUAUUAUGAACUGGCAGAGUAUCAAAGGGCUGCUAGAGUAUUUGAAGAAGUGAGAAGGAUAGAACCCUAUCACAUAGACGGCCUAGAUUUUUACAGCUCAGUCCUCUGGCAUUUGCAUAAAGAAGUAGAGUUGUCUCUCCUGGCACAGGAGCUCUCCGCCAUGGACAAACUGUCAGCACAAGCAUGGUUUGCUACAGGAAACUGUUUCAGUCUUCAGAAGGAGCAUGAUGUGGCCAUCAAGUUUUUCCAGAGAGCUAUUCAGGUGGAUCCUGGCUUUGUUUAUGCAUACAGUCUGUUAGCUCUUGAAUAUAUUUAUCUGGAGGAGUUUGAUAAGGCUUUAACCUGCUUUAGAAAUGCUAUUCGUCUUGAUACUAGACAUUAUCAAGCUUGGUAUGGUGUUGGAAUAAUUUAUUACAAACAAGAAAAGUUUAGCCUUGCUGAAGUUCAUUACCGUAAAGCAUUGUCUAUCAAUCCACAAAGUUCUGUUCUUAUGUGCCAUGUUGGUGUGGCCCAGCAUGCACAGCAAAAGACUGAUUUAGCCCUCAGCACAUUAAACACAGCCAUCAAAACAGACCCCAAGAAUCCCCUGUGUAUGUUCCAUAGAGCAUCCAUCCUCUUUGCUAAUGACAGACACAAAGAAGCCUUAGAAGAAUUAGAGAUAUUAAAACAAAUCAUACCUAGAGAAUCGCUGGUCUAUUUCUUAAUGGGGAAGGUUCAUAAAAAACUUGGAAACACACACCUCGCAAUGAUGAAUUUCUCCUGGGCAAUGGAUCUGGACCCUAAAGGGUUAAACAACCAGAUCAAAGAAGCAGUAGACAAGCGUUAUGUUACUGAGGAUGAUGACCCAUUGGCUAGGCUGGAACAAGAUUCAGUUUUGGAUGGGGAAGGUGCUGGUGCAUUAGAAGGUGGUGAGUUAGAUGCGGAGGACACAAGUCAAGACGAUGCUUCACAUAUGGGUAUAGCUGUGGAUUUGUUGGACAUGCCAGAUUUGCAAGCCAUUGAAAGUGAUGAAAGCUUGUGAUGUGUUGUACACCUAGAUGAGUAGUCGUUUUUUAUUCAAGCACCCCAUUACUGUGAUUGUUUUUAAUUCUGUGGAGGAGAAACCCUGAGGUGUGGAGAGUGUGGGAUCAUCUUUUGCUGCCAUAUUUAUGUGUGCUUUAUAGAAGAGAUGAAAGGCUCUUAUGUUGUGUUCUGAUUGUAAAGAUUACCUAGAAUGUAGAAUAGAGGGAAAGCUUUUUGUUUUUACAUGAAGUGGCAUUACAGUAUUUUAAAAGUUUGUUGAGUUAUUAACCC